GCAUCAACAAUGAAGUAAUGAUAUCUGAGAACACAUGAACACUUGCCAACUAACUGUCACCACACGUUCAAGUGAUUGUAUAAGCAGAAACAAGCUGCAACAGACCCAUGUGUCAGUUAGUAUAGAGAGAAUGCUUUUUUCAGGUACUGUUUAUGUAGAAACAGUUUUAGCAUAGCACGUUUAAAUUAUAUUUAUGUCAAAUGAAAUAAAAAUGAGUGAAGCCCCCAGAUUCUUUGUUGGACCUGAAGAUACAGAAAUAAAUGCUGGAAAUUAUCGACACUUCUUCCACCAUGCAGAUGAAGAUGAGGAGGAGGAAGAUGAGUCUCCUCCGGAAAGGCAGAUUGUGGUUGGAAUAUGUUCCAUGGCAAAGAAAUCCAAAUCCAAACCAAUGAAGGAAAUUCUCGAACGGAUCUCCUUAUUUAAAUAUAUCACAGUAGUAGUAUUUGAAGAGGAUGUUAUUUUGAAUGAACCAGUGGAAAACUGGCCUUUGUGUGAUUGUCUUAUUUCUUUUCAUUCUAAAGGAUUUCCACUGGACAAAGCCGUUGCCUAUGCCAAACUCAGGAAUCCGUUUGUAAUCAAUGACUUGAAUAUGCAGUAUCUCAUACAAGAUAGGAGAGAAGUGUAUAGUAUUCUUCAAGCUGAAGGUAUUUUGCUUCCUCGUUAUGCAAUUCUGAACCGUGACCCAAAUAAUCCCAAAGAAUGCAAUCUGAUUGAAGGCGAAGAUCAUGUAGAAGUAAAUGGGGAAGUUUUCCAAAAGCCUUUUGUAGAAAAGCCAGUCAGUGCAGAAGAUCACAAUGUUUACAUUUAUUAUCCAACCUCUGCUGGUGGUGGAAGUCAAAGACUUUUUCGAAAGAUUGGCAGUAGAAGUAGUGUUUACUCCCCAGAAAGCAAUGUACGAAAAACAGGCUCCUAUAUAUAUGAAGAGUUUAUGCCUACAGAUGGUACUGAUGUUAAGGUUUAUACAGUGGGUCCAGACUAUGCCCAUGCUGAAGCUCGAAAAUCUCCUGCUCUUGAUGGCAAGGUAGAACGAGAUAGUGAAGGAAAAGAAGUGAGAUACCCUGUUAUUCUCAAUGCACGAGAAAAAUUAAUUGCUUGGAAAGUCUGCCUUGCUUUUAAGCAAACAGUUUGUGGCUUUGACUUGCUACGGGCCAAUGGACAGUCCUAUGUCUGUGAUGUCAAUGGCUUCAGUUUUGUGAAAAAUUCCAUGAAGUAUUAUGAUGAUUGUGCAAAAAUACUUGGGAAUAUUGUAAUGCGAGAGCUUGCUCCACAAUUUCAUAUCCCCUGGUCAAUACCCUUAGAAGCUGAAGAUAUCCCGAUUGUACCAACUACAUCUGGAACUAUGAUGGAACUUAGAUGUGUCAUAGCCGUCAUUCGUCAUGGGGAUCGAACACCAAAGCAAAAAAUGAAAAUGGAAGUGAGGCAUCAAAAAUUCUUUGAUCUCUUUGAAAAGUGUGAUGGAUAUAAAUCUGGGAAAUUAAAACUCAAAAAACCAAAACAAUUACAGGCAAUGCUGGAUAUUGCACGACAACUUCUUAUGGAACUUGGACAAAAUAAUGAUUCUGAAAUUGAAGAAAACAAAUCAAAACUUGAACAACUUAAGACUGUGUUAGAGAUGUAUGGCCAUUUUUCUGGAAUAAAUCGUAAGGUCCAGUUAACCUAUCUCCCUCAUGGUUGUCCUAAGACAUCUAGUGAAGAAGAGGACAGCCGACGAGAAGAGCCGUCCUUGCUUCUGGUUCUAAAGUGGGGAGGAGAACUAACCCCUGCAGGCAGGGUCCAGGCCGAAGAACUCGGAAGAGCUUUCAGGUGUAUGUAUCCUGGAGGUCAAGGAGAUUAUGCAGGAUUUCCUGGUUGUGGUUUACUUAGAUUACAUAGUACCUACCGACAUGACCUUAAAAUAUACGCCUCUGAUGAAGGACGAGUUCAGAUGACUGCAGCUGCUUUUGCAAAGGGUCUGUUAGCUCUAGAAGGAGAACUUACACCCAUUCUUGUUCAGAUGGUGAAAAGUGCAAACAUGAAUGGCCUUUUGGAUAGUGAUAGUGAUUCUUUGAGCAGUUGUCAGCAACGUGUAAAGGCAAGACUUCAUGAAAUACUUCAGAGAGACAGAGAUUUUACUGCAGAAGAUUAUGAAAAGCUUACUCCAUCUGGAAGCAUUUCUCUUAUCAAAUCAAUGCAUUUAAUUAAAAAUCCUGUAAAGACCUGUGACACGGUGUAUUCCUUGAUACAAAGUUUGACUUCUCAAAUCAGACAUCGAAUGGAAGAUCCCAAAUCAUCAGAUAUUCAGCUUUAUCAUAGUGAGACCUUAGAGCUCAUGCUCCGUAGAUGGUCCAAAUUGGAGAAAGACUUUAAGACAAAAAAUGGAAGAUAUGAUAUUAGCAAGAUCCCUGACAUAUAUGACUGUAUAAAAUAUGAUGUCCAACAUAAUGGUUCCUUGAAAUUAGAAGACACGAUGGAAUUAUAUAGGCUUUCAAAGGCAUUAGCAGAUAUAGUUAUCCCUCAGGAAUAUGGUAUAACUAAAGCUGAAAAACUGGAGAUUGCCAAAGGCUACUGUACUCCUCUAGUUAGAAAAAUUCGCUCAGAUCUUCAAAGGACACAAGAUGAUGACACUGUAAAUAAACUCCAUCCUGUGUAUUCCAGAGGUGUUCUGUCACCUGAACGUCAUGUCCGUACCAGAUUAUAUUUCACCAGUGAAAGUCACGUACAUUCUUUACUGUCUAUUCUUCGCUAUGGUGCCUUAUGCGACGAAUCAAAGGAUGAACAGUGGAAACGAGCUAUGGAUUAUUUAAAUGUUGUCAAUGAACUCAACUACAUGACUCAGAUUGUUAUCAUGCUGUAUGAAGAUCCUAACAAGGAUCUUUCCUCUGAGGAACGCUUUCAUGUUGAGUUACAUUUCAGUCCAGGAGCCAAAGGAUGUGAAGAAGACAAAAAUUUACCCUCUGGCUAUGGAUAUAGACCAGCUUCAAGGGAGAAUGAAGGAAGGAGAGCUUUUAAAAUUGAUAGUGAUGAUGAACCACAUACUUCUAAAAAAGAUGAGGUUGAUCGAGCUGUGAUAUUGUUUAAGCCUAUGGUAUCAGAGCCAAUUCAUAUACACAGGAAGUCUCCACUUCCAAGAUCUAGGAAGAUGGCUACAAAUGAAGAAGAGAGCCCCCUGAGUGUGUCUAGCCCAGAGGGUACUGGUAGCUGGCUGCAUUACACCAGUGGUGUGGGCACUGGGCGUCGAAGACGCAGAUCAGGGGAACAAAUCACCUCUUCCCCUGUCUCCCCCAAAUCACUGGCUUUCACAUCCAGUAUUUUUGGCUCAUGGCAACAGGUUGUAUCUGAAAAUGCUAAUUACUUACGAACACCAAGAACUCUUGUAGAACAGAAGCAGAACCCUACUGUAGGGUCUCACUGUGCGGGCCUGUUUAGCACCUCGGUGCUCGGGGCUUCUUCAAGCGCACCUAACCUACAGGAUUAUGCUCGUACUCAUCGUAAAAAGCUGACCUCUUCUGGCUGCAUAGAUGACGCCACACGCGGUUCUGCUGUUAAAAGGUUUUCUAUCUCAUUUGCUCGACACCCAACCAAUGGUUUUGAAUUGUAUUCGAUGGUGCCAUCUAUUUGUCCUCUAGAAACGCUUCACAAUGCCCUGUCCUUAAAGCAGGUGGAUGAAUUUCUUGCUUCCAUCGCUUCUCCAUCAAGUGAAGUUCCACGGAAGACCCCUGAAACUUCCUGUUUAACUUCACGUUCCAGUCCAAUAAUGAGAAGAAAAGUAUCUUUAAAUACAUAUACACCUGCAAAGAUCCUCCCAACGCCAACAGCUAGCAUCAAGAGUACUAAAGCAAGCAGCAAACCAGCUCCCAGCGGACCUUCUACUACAGCUGCUCCUAAUACCUCAUCGCGAAAGAAGGGCGUGACUAGCAAAACAGAAAUGCAUGAACACAAAAAAAAUACUUCGAAAAAAAAAUGAACUCUUCUAAGCAGAAGCUGGAACUCCUUGUAAAAAUCACGUGUUCAGUAGGGGAAAAAAGGCAUGUAAUAAACGUUGACUGAAAAAUAUCAAAGCAAGUAAUUUGUGUGUCCUUGUACAUCUCUGUAUUCAUUUAAAGAUAGAUUAAAUCUAGAGAAUUCUUUGUAUAUAUUCAGGUAAGGAAUUUUUGUCAUGAUCUGGAAGUGUUUGAGAACAAUGUUUAUUAGCAUUUUAUGAGUAGCAGAACUUAGGGUGAUAAAGGUCCAUUGUUAAUGUGAUAUGUGCCGUGUGCCCGUGGUAAAGAAAAGGACCGUGAAAGCCUGCCCCUGUCACACAGUGGUGAUGGUUACUGAAGAGUCUGUGAGGCAGUCUCUGUACAUGUUCAUUUUCAUGGGGUUGCAUCUUGGCUGUAAAAUCCUGUAGCUUGAAAUCUGAUGGCUGUACUGAAGACUUCUUAAAAAGCAUAUUUCCAAAGAGAUUUCGUUGACCACAGUUUAGAAUAGAAACUUCUUCCCCCAGUUGUUUUAAUUACAUAUAUACUGCAAUAUUUAAUAACUGGAGUAUUGGCAUAUGGGUUAAUUUUUUCAAUCUGUGCUUUGAAUUUUUUAUUGUGUUUUAUUUAAAAUUUGUGCAGCUGGGAUAACUAUACCUUUAUGCACAUAAAUUUGUACAUUAAUUUGUAGAAAAUAUUUUCUUUAUAUAUUUCCUUACCAUAAGGUGCUUUUGUUCAUCAGGAAGUUUUUUGCUUCAUAUAUUGGCAAGAAAGACAUCUUUAGAGUUUCUUUUUAAGAGAUAUAGUUGACAAGUUUAUAAGUGUUAGUUAUUUUCAGAAUUCUUUUCCGAUCUGAAAAACCGAGUUCCGAAAUGAACCUCAUCAGUGUAAGGAGAAUAUCUGAAUUCCACUGUCAGUAGAUAUGAUUUGUAGCACCUGUUUUUACCAUUUCCAUUCUUAUCUUUAGAAUGUCAGUUGAUCUCACUAAGAAAACUUAAAGAUUGAGCAUUUGAAAUAAAUGCUUAUUUCAAAUUAUUAGAUUUUGGAGGAACAUUGAGAUUAUUGUGAUUUCAUCUAUGAUGUGAAAAAUAUUUAUUAUCCUUGGUGCUUAUUUUCCCCUGAUGCACAAAUAAUUAUAAACCAGUUGAAAUGACUUAAACUAUAAACCGAACAGUACAUCUUGAUAAGAAUUCAUCCAUUGCUAGUCAGGUAACUUAAGUUGCUAAAUCUUUAGUUUGAGACUUAGGUUUAGAAAAAUUAUUGAAUUCUUGUAUGAAUGCAUCUAUUAAAAUUCUUCAGUAGAGACUCUCCUAACCUUAAAUCAUCAUAUAUGAACUGACUUUUAGAAAUUAAGCAUAUUACAGGUUCAUUUUAAAAGGUACCAGAUGCAAAAGUCACAAAUAUGUACAAUUAUAUGUUAGUAUGUCAGUACUUCACAUGAAUGUAAAUGUAUUAUGGAAACAUGUUUUGUAAACAGUUGAAUGUACCUAAGCUUUCUGUAUGUGAAAAUGUGGUUAAUGUGCUCAUUGUCGGAGUAAAGAAACUGCUUUUAUUUUUUCAGUGGAAUUGAAUUAAAAUAUUUUAUUUCUGGAAUCAGA